AUGGCCGGUGUCGCUUCCGAAACGGCCAAUGCCAUCACCGCCAUGGAGGUGAAGGGCGCUGGCCUGCCUACCCCAACGCUCGAGAAGCAGAUUGCCAUGGAGAACAAGGAGCCAUUUGCCUCUAGCAACGACUUCAACGAUCAGACUGAGAUUGUGAUCCCUACCGAGGAGGAUCUUGCCACACUCCGCCGUGUACCAGCCAAGCUACCCUGGAUCGCAUUUACUGUGGCAUUCGUGGAAUUGGCAGAGCGUUUCGCAUACUAUGGCACAACGGCUGUUAUGGUCAACUACAUCCAGCGACCUAUGCCCGUGGGCAGUGUUACCGGGAACGACCCUCGCUUGAACGGUCGUCCUGGAGCCCUUGGGUUCGGACAGAAGGCUUCCACCGGUCUAGUCCUGUUCAACAAGUUCUGGGCCUAUUUCAUUCCUCUGUUUGGCGGCUGGAUUGCUGAUGCCAAGUGGGGUCGACUGAAGACCAUCUAUGCGUCGAUUGGUGUGGCCAUGUUCGGCCACAUCUUGAUCAUUAUCAGUGCCAUUCCAUCCGUCGUGAAACACCAAUCUGGAGCUCUUGGCUGCUUUUCCGUCGGACUCGUCUUCUUCGGCAUUGGCGUUGGUGGUUUCAAGCCAAAUAUCUCGCCACUCUACGCUGAGCAACUUGCAGACCGGACCAUGCGUGUCGAGACUCUCAAGGGCGGCGAGCGUGUUGUCGUUGACCCUGCCAUGACCACUCAACGCAUGUUUCUCUACUUCUACGGCUUCAUCAACAUCGGCAGUAUCAUUGGUCAGGUCGCCAUGGUCUACGCUGAGCGUUACGUUGGUUUCUGGCUGGCGUUCCUGCUUCCCACGGUCAUGUUCUGCAUCGCGCCGAUCAUCUUAGCUGUAAUGCAGAAGAAGUACAACUUACGCGAGCCCACUGGGUCCGUCUUCGGCAAGUUCACCAAGCUUACAAGCUAUGCUAUGAAGAACGGUGGUUACAAACAUGUAGGCAAGGCAGACUUUUGGGAACGUGUGAAGCCAUCCAGGAUUCAGAACAAGCCAAGCUGGAUGACCUUUGACGAUGCUUGGGUUGACGAAAUCGCCCGUGGUGUGAAGGCCUGCUCCGUCUUCUCCUUCUACCCGCUUUGGUGGUUGGCCUACAACCAGAUCGACGGCAAUCUCGUGUCCCAAGCUGCGACUAUGGAUCUUCACGGUGUGCCAAACGACCUCCUCAACAACAUGAAUCCUCUCGGGAUCAUCAUCCUGAUCCCCAUCAUGGACUUCAUCGUCUAUCCUCUCCUGCGAAAGUUCAAGAUUCGCUUCACGCCGCUACGCCGCAUGUUGUCUGGAUUCUUUGUUGCCUGCUCUGCUAUGAUAUGGGCUGCUGUCAUCCAGGCAUAUAUCUACAAGACUGGUGCUUGCGGUCACUACAUGAACACUUGCGAUACCCCUGCCCCAAUCAAUGUCUGGGCACAGACUGGUGCUUAUGUUCUUGUUGGUCUGGCAGAGAUCUUGUCCUCCAUUACCGGUCUCGAAUACGCCUACACCAAAGCUCCGGCCAACAUGAGGUCUUUGGUCUUUGGUAAGAUCGUCGGUCCUCCCACGUUCACCAUCAUCGUGCUGACAUACUUUGCAGGCUUCUACAACUGCACCAAUGCUAUCUCAGCAGCACUCGGCCAAGCCUUCCUGCCUGCCAGCGACGACCCGAACCUCGUAUGGUUGUACGGCUCCGUCGCCGUCAUUGCCUUCGUCACCGGCAUCAUGUUCUACUUCUUCUUCACGAGACCGUGGGACAAGGACGAAGAGCACCUCAACAUGCUGAAGGAGUCUGGCUACAGGGGAAAGAAUCUGCGCGACGACAAUGAGAAGUUGAUGGAUGGUGACCUUUCUGAUACUGAGGCAAGGGGCCACUCGACUGCAGUUGCGCCUGCAGAUAUCAAGGAGAUCAAGUAG